AUGGACUGUCGCCUCGCUCGGAUGCACAGUCAUAAUGGCAUUAUGAUAACGCCAUAUAAUAUCGAACAAACCAGCAUACAUAAAGUAAACAAUGCCCAGUCAAACAACGUGACCCUAAGUCAUGUGCUACCAAGCCAUUUCAUUGAGCCAAUCUGGUGGAAGCAACGUGUCGUCUACCAAAUCUACCCUGCAUCCUUCAAAGACACCAAUGGUGAUGGCAUUGGCGAUAUUCCCGGUAUUAUCUCCAAGCUUGACUAUAUCCAAGACCCUCGGCAUAUCCAUGAGUCCUAUGGAGCUCUCGAAGAUUGCCAGCGCCUUAUACAAGAGAUUCAUGACAGAGGAAUGCGAGUCAUCUUCGACUUGGUUAUCAAUCACACCUCCAAUCAACACCCUUGGUUUAUCGACUUACGAUCCUCUCUUACGAACCCAAAGCAAGAUUAUCAGUUCACAAAACCUGCCUGGACGUUCGACGACACGACUCAAGAAUAUUAUAUCCAUGUUUAUGCUUCUGGGCAGCCAGAUCUAAACUGGGAGAACGAAGCCUGUCGCCGCGAAAUCUACGACAACGCGAUCAAGUUCUGGUUCGACCGUGGAGUAGACGGAUUUCGAGUUGAUACAGACAACAAGUUCUCUAAAGUAUCUGGUCUACCAGAUGCCCCGAUCGUCGAGCCGGAUCAAGAGACGCAAACAGCUGUUUGUCAUUAUGCGAAUGGUCCUCGUAUCCACGAAUAUCUCUACGAAAUGAAGCAAGUGCUGGCGCCCUAUGAUAUCAUGACUGUGGGAGAACUGCCUAACACGCCAGACCUGGAGGACAUGUGGAAGUACAUCUCACCUAACUCCCAGCCUGGCCCUCAGGAGAUUGAUAUGGUCUUCAACUUCGACACAGUAAACCUAGGCCAGACACCAGGUAAUCGGUUUCUACCCAUUCCGUUCGACAACGACUUCAAGCGUUGCUUGACCAAGUGGCAGAAACUUCCAGAGACAACAGGGGCUUGGACAACCGUCUUCCUCGAGAAUCACGACCAAGGUAGAUCGGUAUCUCGUUUCGGAUCAGAUCUACCAGAGUUCAGAGAACAAGUCGCCAAAAUGCUGGCAAGUCUUCUUGCAACUAUGACAGGGACACUAUUUCUGUAUCAAGGCCAGGAGAUUGGCCUGAUCAACGGACCCGAGUCUUGGUCAGCGAAUGAAUACAAGUGCCGUGUCGCGAGAGAUCAUGCCCGAGUUCCAAUGCAAUGGGAUAACACGCCCAACACAGGUUUUACCAACAGUGGUGCAGUGCCGUGGAUGCCUGUUUUUGACAACUAUCGCGAGAUAAAUGUCUCUACUCAACUUGGAAACAAAAACACUGUUCUCGAGUACUGGCGAGAAAUACUUAAGAUUCGAAGGAAAUAUUCGUCACUCUUUGUAUAUGGAACAUUUAUUCCUGUGAAUGAGCAUCAGGAUUUACUGGCUUUCAUAAAAACAGACCCAAAGACUGGUGCUAUAGCAAUGACGGUUGCAAACCUGUCUCAAUCGGAAGUUGCUCUGCCGAAAGUUGAGGGAGGUUCACUUGGGUCGAUGCAGCCUUCAAUGACCAACUACGCUGGCGUUAUUGCGAAGUCGGUACUUGGACCUUACGAAGCGAGGGUUUACCUGAUGGCUUGA